GAGCGAGAGAGAGAGAGCGAGAGAGAGAGCUGGGUGGAGAAGUGCUGCUCACCACGGGGCUCCAGUGUAGCACUAAUGCUCUUAUUCUGGGACCGCUUCCAACACUUCCAUCUGGGGGCCGCUCUGGAAGCUAAGCACAGGGCCAUUCUUGCCGCUUUUGCUCCGGUCAUUUAAUGGUAAUUAGUUUGGAGAGGAUACUGAUAUACUUGAGUAGAGGACAGGAGGGAAGAGAAGAGAGAAGGGAGAGAAACAGAGAGAGGGAGCGAAAGAAAAGGGACAUACAGUCUGAAGUGCCUUCAGGAGCAACAACGGAAAGGAUGGUGCAAGGACCAUGUGAGCUCAUCGCCAUGUGCCUCGGCGUAGUCGGCCUCUUCGGGGCGGCCGCCGUCACCGGAAUGCCCAUGUGGAAGGUCACGGCCUUCAUCGGGGAGAACAUCAUCGUCAUGGAGACGCGCUGGGAGGGCCUGUGGAUGAACUGCUACCGGCAGGCCAACAUCCGCAUGCAGUGCAAGGUGUACGACUCGCUGCUGUUCCUCCCGCCCGACCUGCAGGCGGCCAGGGGCCUCAUGUGCUGCGCGGUGGCGCUGUCCGGCGUGGGUCUGCUGCUGGCCCUGGCCGGCCUGCAGUGCUUGUCCUGCCUGCGGGAGCAGCCGCGCGUCAAGAGCAUCCUCCUGAUGGUGGCGGGCGCCAUGCAGAUCAUGGCGUCCGCCUGCGUCUUCAUCCCCGUCUCCUGGACGGGCAACACCAUCAUCCGCAACUUCUACAACCCGCUGCUGGUGGACGCGCAGCGCCACGAGCUCGGCGAGGCGCUCUACGUCGGCUGGGUGGACGGCGCCGUCCUGUUCGCCUCGGGCCUGGCGUUCCUGUGCCGCUGGCAGGCCUUCGCCGAGCAGGGCUCGUUCGAGGUGUACCACCCCGGCGCCAAGCCCACCCUCACCCGCUUCCACCCGCUCUCCAGCACGGUCAGCUCGGUCGGAAACCAUCCGCUGAUGAUGCACCAGACCAGCUUCCUCCACCCAAAUCCGUCAGUCCACAGCAUGGCUGUUGCACCUCAAGGAGGAUACCCUCAGCCCACCCAGUACCACCCGCAGUUCAUGCCCCCCGUGGCACCUCUGGUGUAUAACGGAAACGUCAUGGCAUCGCACCCGUCCUCAUAUGCAUCGCAGGUUGUUGGGGGACACGUGACCCCCAUGGAAUCGCUCUACCACAGCCAGCACUCGACACCUUACACAGCGAGUCACGGGACGACGCCAUACGCUUCCUACAACUCCGCGUCUAGCUACCACCCUGUCCCGCAAAACCCUGUGUUUGUUGGAUACAACCAUUCCAGGGUGCAGGCUGCCAGCUCCACAACCAGCUCAGGGAUGCGAAUUUGAAGACAUCACGUGGAACAUUAUGUUACCAAACGACUGACUUUUGAAAUACAAAAGCAAGGUCACAAGUUCUUUCCCUCCCGAGCUCCAAAGUACAGUUGACACGUCAAACAGCCACAGGCUUCUAAUUGUCUUGAGUUUAAAGCACCUGCAUGCAGUGAUGAUUAAAUGUGAGAUAGCGUUGCAUGUUAAUUAAGGUGGGUAUGCCAGACAGAACUCUUUGUGCUUUAAUUGCACUGUGUGUGUGUGUGUGUGUGUGUGUGUGUGUGUGUGUGUGUGUGUGUGUGUGUGUGUGUGUGUGUGUGUGUGUGUGUCAGUGACAAGACGGCAAUCCAAGACUACACCGUUCAGCUUUCACACUGCUAAAUUAUUACUAUGUCUGGGACGCCACGGUUAGAGCAAAUCUAGUAUCAGGAAUUACCCGACAGUAGUAACAGUCAAGUGUCUUCUUAUGAGUAUGUAAUAAAAUUUGUGUAGUUCUUUUAUAUCCACAUUUACAAAUGAUGUCACUAACAAAAGGGGUCGAAGUAACCACCAGCUUGAACAUUUUUUUUAUCAGUCUAAUCAGUGUAUUGUUGACCAUACAAACAGUAGCCUUACAUGCCCCUAUCAGAUCAGCUUGUUUGCAUAAACAUUGCGAAACACCACUACUGUUGAAGACAGACCAACACUUUGACCAGUGAUGGCAAAGUGAACAAAAACUUACAGUAAUGCAACUAUGAUAAACUAAAUGUCAAUAUGAAUGUACAUUGUAAUUACAUUAGUACGCCAAUGCACUGCAAUGAUGUAGCCAUUUGUAUCCACUUUGAUAUGCGUAAUGAGUAAAACCUAAGCCUUUCAUAAGUGUUGUUGUUUUUUUAUGCUCAGUGUUGCUCGUUUGUGUUCAUAUUUAAAUAGAAUAGAUAUGCAAGAACUUAUUUUCACCAGGAGAUGGAAACAGAGAGCCCUGGGCCCUGGAGGCUCCUGAAGUGUCUUUUUGCUGCACUAUUAAUAAAGUUAUUGAGUGGUCCAA